AUGCCACUGCUGGCAUUGUAUUUUGAUGGCCACAGUGACAUGAGGGUGGACUUCAGGCUCCCCCGAGAGUCAUUUAACGCCCUCAUGGCUGUGCUGGGCACUGAUUGUGACCAUGGUUGGGGCCCUGAGAUCUCCUGUCUCGUUUUUAUUUUUUGGCUUGCCAGCGCCACCUCCUAUCGGGUGGUGGCCAGGGCCUUCGACAUGCCCCGGGCCACCGUUCACCGGCUGGUGCACAGGAUGAGUGGGCAGAUCGCUGCGCUCCUGUACACCGUUGUCCGCCACCCUACAGGAGAGGAACUCCCACGCCUAGGUACCCGCUUCGCCCGUCUAGCUGGGUCAGCAGCCUUCAGCAGAGUGGUGGGGGCUAUUGAUGGCUGCCACAUCCGAGUAAAGCCCCCAGCGGAGGAUGCUGCCUGUUAUUUCAACAGGAAGCUUUUUCACUCCAUCCAGCUGCAGGCCAUCUGUGAUGAUAAGUGCAAAUUUAUAGAUGUGUGUGUGGGCUACCCAGGCUCAGUGCAUGAUGCCAGGGUCCUAAAAAACAGCCCCAUCUACUAUGAGCAGUCAUACCCUCCACCAGGAUACUGUAUCCUUGGGGAUGGUGGCUACCCCUGCCUGUCCCAACCCAUCUGCCUCAUGACCCCCUUCAGGCAGCCUGUCCGCAACCACCUCCAAGCACGCUACAACUGCUGCCUGUCAAAGGCGAGGUGUGUUGUGGAGAGGUCCUUUGGGAUACUGAAGACGCGAUGGCGGUCCAUCUUCUUGAAGGCCCUGGAGGUGGAUGUGAGGUUUGUGCCAGAGGUCAUUGUCUGCUGCACUGUGCUCCACAACAUCUGCCUCACAAACGGUGACCUGCUGGAGCCAGAUGCAGAUGUCAGGAGGGCAGCAGAGGACCAGCCAGCACCAGCACCAGCACCUCCAGGAAACGUCUCUGGGGCAGAAAACAGAGAAAGGAUAGCCAUUCAGUGCUAUGUCCCAGACCAUGACUACAUUUAA